GCCUGGGGAGCUUCCUUUCGCAAAACCCUAACCCGAGCUACUCCGCCGCCGCCGCCGCCGGCCGCGAAGAAGUCGUCGCUGGAGAAGAUGGGGAAGGGGAAGGAGAAGGAGAAGAAGGCGCUGGACAUCCUCGGGGGGUCCGAUGACGACUCCGACGGCGGCGGGGAGGACCUCUCGAAGAUUCAGAUCAACGAGGCGUACGCGCGCCGCUUCGAGCAUAACAAGCGGCGGGAGGCGCUGCAGCGCCACGAGGAGCGCAAGAAGCGGGGCCUGGUCGCCGACUCCGACGACGAGGAGUCUUCCGAAGAGGAUGACGACGAGGAGGGCGAUGACGCCAUCGCCUCGCGCCGGGUCGACCGCCGCGUGUUCGAGGUGAUCCGCCGCAUCCGCAGCGGCGACCCCCGCAUCCUCGACAAGGACGCCAUGGUGUACUCGUCUUCGUCGGAGGACGAGGCCGGCGAGGAGGAGGAGUCCAAGCAGGGGAAGGCCAAGAAGGAGAAGCCUUUGUACCUGAAGGACGUGAACGCCCGCCACCUGCUCGAGGAGGGCCCCGAGUUCGGGGCGCAGAACAACCGGAGCAGCAAGUACGACAGGAUUGCGUACGACGAGCACCAGAAGAAGGGGCUUGAGGCAUUCCUUGAGGCGGAGAAGAAGGUUUUCGGCGAUGGUAAUGACGACGACGACGAAUUGUUCCAUCAGAAGCCAAAGGGCGGAGCCGGUGACAACGACGAAGAGGAUGACGAGGAGGAGAAGCAGGCGAAGGAGCUGGCGGGUGAGGUUUUCGGCAAGGAUGAGGAGCUUGACGAGAACGAGAAGUUCUUGAAGGAUUUCUUCCUCAAGAGGCCGUACCUUGAGUCAGGGAAGGAGAAUAAGUCUUUUCUGGAUGAUAUCCAGGAGUUGUCGGAGGAAGAGGAGCUCGAAAAGCAGGAACAAUACGAAGCUGCUUAUAACUUCCGGCACGAGGAGGCUGCAGCAUCUGGGGAAGUGGUGCCAGACCGGGUAAUGGGACAUUCGAGGGUUGUUGAGGGGUCAGUGAGGAAGAAGGAGAGCAGUAGGAAGCAGCAGCGGAAGAGCAAGGAGGAGCGGAUAGCUCGUGCCAAGCAGGAGCAAGCGGAGGAGCUGAAGCAUCUCAAAAAUUUGAAGAAGAAAGAGAUUGCAGAGAAGCUUGAGAGGAUCCGGAUGAUUGCGGGGAUUGAUGGGGAUGCUGUUUGUAAGCUCGGGGCUGAUGACUUGGAGGAGGAUUUUGAUCCGGAGGAUUAUGACAGGAAAAUGCAGGAGAUGUUUGAUGACAGUUACUAUGAGGCUGACGAUGUUGAUCCUGGGUUUGGAAGUGCUGAGGAGGUGGACUUGGACAAACCGGAUUUUGACAAGGAAGAUGAAUUGCUUGGGCUGCCAAAGGGCUGGGCUCUUGACCAAUCUAAAGAAGGGUCUAGCGCCACUGAUGAGAAAGCUACAAAAGGGAAGAUCUCUCUCAAGGACAAGGUGGAGCUUGAGAAGGAGAUGGAAGAGUACUACAAAUUAGACUAUGAGGACACUAUUGGAGAUCUGAAGACUCGGUUCAAGUAUAAGCAGGUUCAGCCCAACGGUUUUGGUCUGAGUACCCAAGAGAUAUUGGCAUCAGAUGACAGGGAUCUCAACCAGUAUGUUUCCAUGAAGAAGCUAGCACCUUAUAGGGAGAGUGAAUGGAAGGGGAGUGAGCAACAAGCGUCAAAGGGUGGCCUCCCAAUGUGGAAGCAGGUAUCCAUCUCCGACGCACUGCUCACCAACGAGAUUCUCGUCAUGAGGAGGAUAGUUGAGAACGUCGCGCCACAUCCCAACGUCAUCGGCCUGCAUGAUGUGUAUGAGGAUGCACAUGGUGUGCACCUGAUCCUUGAGCUGUGCUCCGGUGGUGAAUUGUUCGACAGGAUAGUGGGGCGUGACAGGUACUCAGAGUUCGAUGCGGCUGCUGUCGUUCGUCAGAUUGCUAGGGGGUUGGAGGCACUUCAUAAGGCAAACAUCAUACACAGAGACUUGAAGCCAGAGAAUUGCCUGUUCUCUGACAAAAAUGAGGAUUCCACAUUGAAGAUCAUGGAUUUUGGUUUGAGUUCUGUUGAAGAUUUCAGUGACCCGAUUGUGGCGCUGUUCGGGUCGAUAGAUUAUGUUUCGCCAGAAGCUCUCUCGAGGCAAGAGGUUUCAGCUGCAAGUGAUAUGUGGUCUGUUGGGGUAAUUCUGUUUAUUCUUUUAUCUGGAUGCCCACCAUUUCACGCUGCAACUAAUCGAGAAAAGCAGCAAAGGAUCCUGCAAGGGGAAUUCAGUUUUCAGGACCAUACAUGGAAAAGAAUAUCUUCACCAGCCAAAGAAUUGAUUUCCAGUCUUCUUUCUGUCGAACCUUACAAGAGGCCAAGAGCGAGUGAUCUUCUGAGGCAUCCUUGGGUAAUAGGAGACUGCGCAAAGCAAGAUCUCAUGGAUGCAGAGGUCGUAUCAAAAUUGCAAAGGUUCAAUGCUAGACGGAAAUUGCGGGCAGCAGCAAUAGCCAGUGUCCUUAGCAGCAAGGUGGCAUUGAGGACAAAAAGGCUGAGGAACCUUUUAGGAACCCAUGACCUUACCUCAGAGGAGCUAGAUAAUCUGCGGGUUCAUUUUGCACGAAUAUGUGCAGAUGGGGAGAAUGCUACACUGGCAGAGUUUGAGCAGGUGCUAAAAGCGAUGAAAAUGGACUCGCUGAUUCCUCUAGCCCCGCGUGUAUUUGAUUUGUUUGACAACAACCGUGACGGCACUGUUGACAUGAGGGAGAUACUUUGUGGGCUCUCCAGCCUCAGGAACUCACGAGGGGAUGAUGCUCUUCGACUCUGCUUCCAGAUGUACGACGCCGAUCGGUCGGGUUGCAUCAGCAAGGAAGAGCUGGCGUCAAUGCUACGAGCGUUGCCCGAGGAAUGCCUCCCCGGCGACAUCACGGAGCCGGGGAAGCUGGACGAGAUAUUCGACCAGAUGGACGCCAACAGCGACGGCAAGGUCACCUUCGACGAGUUCAAGGUCGCCAUGCAGAAGGACAGCUCCCUCCAGGACGUCGUCCUCUCUUCCCUGCGUCCGGUGCAGUAGACCAAGAUUCGUUUUUUCCCCCCUUCCUAUCAGAGCACUCAUGCAGCAACGCAACGAUAGCCUCCUGUCUGAUUUUUUUUCUCUCCCGGCCGGCUGCUUAAAAGCGCAGCGCAGACAGCCGUAGAUGCCGCGCUUUUGACUGUACUUUUGUUUCUCAAGUUUGCGUCAUUCCUGCCAUGUAUAACAGUCCAAAUAAUAUGGUGGUGAAUCCUGAAUCGGU